AUGGAUCUCUGGGAAGGACUGAAGCAGUCGUACCUAGAUGAUUUUGAUGUGAUGCUUUCUGGAUAUAUUCCAGGCGCUGCAGCCGUCGAUACGGUCGGUAAGAUAGGUCGUGAACUUAAGGAAAAGUCAAGCAAAGCACCUGGCAAGUUCUUCUGGGCUCUCGACCCCGUCAUGGGUGACAAUGGAAAGAUCUACGUCUCCGAGGAAGUGGUGCCAGCAUACAAGAGGCUCAUCCACGAUGCGGAUCUGAUUCUUCCAAACCAAUUCGAGGCCGAGCUGCUUUCAGAAGUCAAGAUCCAUGAUAUGGACAGUCUCCGGAAGGCUAUUCAAGUGCUCCACGACAAGUACAAGAUUCCUCAUGUCGUCAUUACUUCAGUCAACCUUGAGGCGCCAGACCAUCCGCCUUCGCAUCUCGCUGUUGUUGGUUCAACGAUGACAUCUACCGGCAAAGCUCGCUUUUUCAAGAUUGUCUUCCCAUCAAUCGAUUGUUAUUUCAGUGGCACAGGCGACAUGUUUGGCGCUCUUAUGGUAAUCCGAAUGCGUGAGGCUGUCUUCAAUGCUGAUGAGCGGCUGCGGCAUACCGCCAGCUGGCUUAGCGAGGAUUCAGUAUCGGCUAUUGAACUACCCCUUGCACGCGCUGCAGAAAAGGUCCUAGGCAGUAUGCAUGAGGUUCUAUCCAAGACCUGCGAGGGCAUGAAGAGGGUGGUUGAACGAACAACGGACGACAUGAAAGAUGAGGAUCGUAUUAACCAAACUAAGGCGCACCUCGUAAAGAGUAAGGCGGCAGAACUUCAACUUGUGAGGAAUUUGGACUGCUUACGCUCGCCCACGACGCAAUACCUUGCGAAGGCCAUUUAG